GGUAAAGGUGUUUGGCGUGCUAAUCCUGGUCGAGUUGGAGAGGCCGUCAAGACGGCCCUCCGGGCUGGGUAUAGACAUAUCGACGGCGCGUGGGUCUAUGGCAACGAAGCUGAAGUCGGUGUCGCGUUAAAGGAGAGUCAAAUACCACGGGAUCAGAUUUGGUUGACCUCCAAGCUCUGGAAUUCUUUCCAUGCACCGGAGGAUAUUGAACCCAAUCUUGACGACUCUCUACGAAAACUAGGGACGAAUUACCUCGAUCUCUACCUUAUUCACUGGCCUGUGGCGUUCAAAAAGGGCACGAGGAAUGAGAUUGACUAUGAUCUGACUGAAAAUCCUUAUCCAACAUGGCAAAAGCUCGAGGAAAUGGUGGAGAAGGGGAAGGUUAGGAACAUAGGAAUUAGCAAUUUCAACAUCCGCAGAAUUCAGAAUCUAACUGCAAACCCGCUCAAAAUCAAGCCUGCUGUAAAUCAAGUCGAGCUAAACUAUUGGAAUCCCCAGCCCGAGUUACUCAAGUGGGCCAAAGAUAACAACCUCCUCCUCGAAGCGUAUUCUCCUCUGGGAAGUGCCGAGAAAGUUAAGGAGUCCUUGGAGGUCAAAAAUAUUGCCAAGGAGCUCAACAUUACUCCGGCUCAGGUAUACAUCUCCUGGCAUUUGCAGCGCGGUACCGUCGUUUUGCCGAAGAGCGUUACGCCCUCCCGUAUCGAGGAGAACUUCAAGGUCGUCAUCCUGCCGCAAAAGUCAUUCGAUGAGCUGGAGAAAGCUGCUGCAUCCCAUCCACCUGAGCGUGCUGUGGACCCAAGCAAAGGUUGGGGGAUAGAUAUCUUUGAAUAA